AUGAACACCAACGCGUACCAGCUCAUUGUGCCAGAAGCCCAAGAAAUUCUUGCCGAAAUCGAGCCGUGGUUCAACGUGCUGCGGUUCUUCCCCAAACUUAAACAGUCGAACACGAGGAGCGACGACCUCACGGCGGCCAUGUCGCGGGUUGUCGUGAGCCCAAAGUUAACACGCGCUGAUCCAAUUGCCGAGCGCCUGUACGAGGCCCACGUGACGUGUUGCCGCCUCCGGUCAGUGCCACUGCGCGACAAGAGCGUGCAAGCGCCAACGUCCGAACUGCCUUGGGUGGCCGCCUUGGUCCCGUUCUUGUCGCCACCCUUUGAGUCGUCGUAG